AUGAGCUGGGCAUUCCUGCGUGACCUGCUGAGUGGAGUGAAUAAAUAUUCAACAGGAAUUGGAAGAAUCUGGGUAGCAGUUGUGUUCAUAUUCCGCUUGCUGGUUUAUGUUGCGGCUGCAGAAAACAUCUGGAAAUACGAACACGAUGAAUUUGAAUGCAACAUCAAGCAGCCUGGCUGUGAAAAUGUUUGCUUUGACCAUUUUUUCCCUGUCUCUCACAUCAGGCUCUGGGCUUUGCAGUUAAUCCUGGUCUCCACCCCUUCGCUCUUGGUUGUUUUCCAUGUUGCUUAUCGAGAGAACAGAGAAAAAAAGCACAACCAGAAACUUUACAAAAGUCCAGGUGAGAUAGAUGGUGGAUUGCUGUGCACUUACCUUAUCAGUCUUGUUUUAAAAGCAGGAUUUGAAAUAGUUUUUCUCAUUCUGUUUUAUAAAUUGUACAAUGGAUUCAAAAUACCACAUCUCGUCAAAUGCGACGUGAGACCAUGUCCUAAUACUGUUGACUGCUAUAUUUCUAAACCAACUGAGAAGAUGAUUUUCCUCUAUUUUCUGGUGGCAACUUCAUGUCUGUGCAUUGUAUUAAAUUUAAGUGAACUGAGUUACCUCAUUUGCAAAUACUCUGUGAAGUGUUAUCUGAAGAGGUACACCAAGAAACAUCGAGGCUCAGCAAGCGAUUGCCACAAAUCAGGAACCAUCACCAGCGAGAGGAAAAGGAGUGCAGGGAGAGCCCGUGCCAUCAAUAGAGCACAAGCACCUCGGUUAUCUGUAAGAUCACAACCUCACUUCCCUUUCAGAAAGUGCCUCGUUUAUUCAGUUUUUAACGGUAUGGCAUAA